GUGCAAACGCCGCCACCGUCCAGCCGUCCCCUCCACGAACACCAGCACGCAAACGUGGGGGAGACUAGAACCUUGAACCUAGGUCGAAACUCCUCAACCCAUCCCAUCUUCGUUUGCGGCGCAUCGCAGCAAAGCACAGCACACAUGGCGGUGGAGGAGAUCACGGAGGGGGUGAGGGCCCUCGCCGUGCAGGACGGGGAGGCGGCGGCGCCGCCCGGCGGCGCCGCGGAGGGGCAGCAGAGGAGGGGCACCAACAGCAGCAGCAACCGCAUCCAGGUGUCCAACACGAAGAAGCCCCUCUUCUUCUAUGUCAACCUCGCCAAGAGGUAUAUGCAGCAGCACGGCGACGUUGAGCUCUCCGCGCUAGGGAUGGCGAUUGCAACGGUUGUGACCGUGGCAGAGAUUCUGAAAAACAACGGCCUUGCUGUUGAGAAGAAGAUUAGGACAUCCACUGUUGAAAUAAACGAUGAAUCAAGAGGCCGCCCGUUUCAAAAGGCCAAGAUCGAGAUUGAGUUAGGAAAGAGCGAAAAAUUCGAUGAGUUGAUGGCUGCCGCCGCGGAAGAUAGGGAAGCCGAAGAAGGGGAGGAACAUGCUUGAAAAGGACCAGUAGCCACCACCUCUUGUUCCUGCUGUUUCUGUAGUUUGUUAUUGUUGUUUAAAACUGUCAUAUGAGACUAUGAUGAUGAAUGGGUCUGUUCUUGUUUAACUUGUAUUUGUUGGUGGCAUUGUGCGUAAUCUCGCUGGCUGAUGAUAAUCUGUUUUGCGGUUUGACAUCUUUUAUAUUUCUUUCCCCAAACCGCUGAUUGGUUUUUAAAGUAGCGUGUGUAAGCUCAUCAGCUUUGGCUGAUGACAGUAUGUGUUCUAGACAUCUCCGUUUGCUCCUGCUA